AUGAUGCGGUCUGGUCUGAUCUCUAUGAUCUAUGACCAGACUAUCGGCAUGACUGCGGCUGAUCUCGCUGAUUCCGCGGCUACCACAUUAAUGGGAACUGACGUGGAACGAAUAGUGGCUAAUUUGAAGAACCUGCAUGAGGCAUGGGCAUCUAUCAUAGAGUUGGGGAUUGCAAUUUGGUUACUGGAGCGCGAGAUCGGUGUCGCCUGCUUUAUACCCCUCGUAAUCUCACUGGGAAAGAGUUUCCUUAUCUAA